AUGUUUCGUAGAAGGUUUCAAAUGCGAGACAUAAACUCCUUUGAAAGCAUUGAACCGCAACCGAAACACUUUCUGUUCUUCCACAAAAGCGCGAUAGAUGCUAGUGGUCGUCACGGUUUCAACAUUUUCCAGAAAUAUUCUUCUGCCAUACGCCAAUUAGCGUAUAGCUUUAAGGCUAAUGCUUUAGAUGAGUACUUACAAAUGGCUCAAGAUACGGGCUACCAGUGUUUAGACACUUUCUGCAAGUGUGUUAUACAUCACUAUCGUGACGAGUAUUUGAAAAGGCCAACAGAAGCAGAUAUCGAUCGGUUGACUGCUAAACAUGCUGAGGUUCAUGGGUUUCCGGGUCAGUACACCCGAGGUGACAAGGGACAUCCAACAAUCAUGCUUGAAGCGGUUGCUUCGUAUGAUUUGUGGAUCUGGCAUGCCUACUUUGGCCCUACUGGUUCAAAUAACGACAUCAACGUCCUCAACGAGUCAAAUUUGUUCGAAGAUUUGCUUCGAAACAAGGCUCCUAAAGUAGAGUUUUUGGUUAAUGGGGAGCAGUUUCAAAAGGGAUAUUACCUAGCAGAUGGUGUUUAUCCAGAAUGGGCUACUCUUGUUAAGUCAUUCAAGUGCCCGAUGGACUCGAAAACCAAGAAGCUGCAAGACAGGAUGUCGAGCGAGCAUUUGGAGUUCUUCAAGGUUGUUGGCAGAUUAUUGAACAAUAUGCGUGACCAUAAAGUACCAACAAGAUAA